AUGUCCCGCGAAGAGCUCGUGCAGAAGGCCAAGUUGGCUGAGCAAGCCGAGAGAUACGACGACAUGGCUGACGCAAUGCAAAAAGUGACCGAACAAGGAGACGAGCUAUCGAACGAAGAAAGGAAUCUCCUUUCGGUGGCUUACAAGAAUGUGGUUGGGGCUCGUCGGUCAUCAUGGAGAGUUAUCUCGUCGAUCGAGCAGAAGAACGCCGAUCACUCUGAGAAACGCUCUCAGCUCGCCAAGGCUUACCGCGAAACGAUAGAAAAGGAGCUCAGCGACAUCUGCAACACCGUCCUCACCCUUCUCGACAAACAUCUCGUUGCUAAGGCAUCCUCUCCUGAAUCUAAGGUGUUCUACUUGAAGAUGAAGGGAGACUACUACCGUUAUUUGGCUGAAGUGGCUCAAGGAGAUGCCCGGGGAGCCGUCGUUGACAAAUCGCAACACGCCUAUCAAGAAGCCCUCGACAUUGCCAAGGAGAAAAUGCAGCCAACUCAUCCAAUUCGAUUGGGAUUGGCGCUCAACUUUUCGGUAUUUUACUACGAGAUCUUGAACGCACCCGAUCGUGCUUGCCAACUCGCCAAACAGGCUUUCGAUGAGGCGAUCGCCGAGUUGGACACUCUCAACGAGGAUUCCUACAAGGAUUCAACGUUGAUCAUGCAGCUUCUCCGCGACAAUCUCACUCUUUGGACCUCGGAUGCUGCUGGAGAGGAUGAGCAAAACGAGGGCGAUAAC